AUGCUUGCUCUUGCUAACUAUUCUUUCUUUGUUCAUAGAUUCUUGGUAUUGUUAUCUAAAGUAGAAAAAUCAUCAGAAAAAAUCAUGGAAAUAGUGCAAAAUUUAAGCAGUAUCCAGGCUUUGGAGGGCAGUAGAGAGCUUGAAAAUCUCAUUGGUUUCUUCCAUGCGCCACGAUUCUUAAAAAGAGAGAUGCAGAAAACGAAAGAACUAAUGAGAAAAGCAAUGAAAGAAAAGCUGUUUGAAAAGAGUCCAGAACUUCCUAACAAAGAAUUAUGUCAUCUUGACAGCUAUGAAUUCCUCAAAGCCAUCUUAAACUAAGGCAUUUAGAAGAAAUGCAUUCACUAUGAACACCAACUUCUGCAUCUGCCUGAUCAUAUUUA